GUUCGUUCUUUCGCAACCUUACGAAACUGACGCACCGCCCACUAACCCAGUAGGAACACCCCAAUACGCCAUAGCACAACCCUACUUCCCCUCCCUUCAAGUGCCCUGUCCUCCCUUCCCUUCUCUUUUCCUUCUUCUUCUUCUUCCUCUUUUUUGGGAAGACUCAGCUUGGGGGUUCUCGCUUGGGCUUCUCUUCGGCGGCGAUGCAGGCGCCAAUCACCCGCAGCGCGCUACGGCAGGAGGAGCAGAACACCCUGCUGGACCAACUGCACGAGUCCGUGAUGAACACCAAACACUACGCGGUGGAGAUCGGCACCACCCUGCAGGAGCACGACGCGAUGCUGGGCCAAUUGCACGACGGCAUCACCAACACCACCAACACCAGCCGCCGCCAAAACCAGCGCGUUAUCCAAUUGCUCCGGGAAAGCAAGAACGGGAAGUUCUACACGGUCGUGCUGGUCUUGGUGGUCAUUAUCAUAUUUUUGCUUCUCAUUUAA